GAAAUGUCAAAAUUAUAACAAUUAGCUAUUUGUCCCUUCUUCAAAACUGAGCUAACUAGCUAGCCAUAUAGGGAACGACAGUUAUCGUUAGGCUAGCUAGUUAGCGGUCUCACCCCUCAUCCUCUUCGUUUUUGCUGGCAUCAAUCUUUGAUCCCUCGGAUUCUCCUGCCUGGCCGCCCUCUGCAACAGUCGGCGUCUGCUCUUCGGUGCUAGCCUCUCCGUCCUCCUCCAUUUUCACCACAGUUGGAUCUUCACCGGUUUCAAGGUCCGACAUUUUUUAAUGUGGCACAAAUUGCUAAAGGUAGCUAGCUAAGCAGCUGCUGUCGAGGUUGCGUACUACAGCUGCUGUCUGUCUCGUUUGCGUUCGAAAUGGGACUCGUUCUAUUUUGCCACAGAUCAUGUGUAGAACUCAGCUUCACCAAGGUUCUGUAACCGGUCCUGUAACAGCUCACCGGCCAGCAAAAGCUUCAGCUCCAAUGAAUUGGAAGUGUGAAGAGACCAUACCACAGGACAGCGUUUUCUUGUGCAUGCCGUGCUCUCUGCCCGCUAUGUGCGUCGCCCAGAGAUUGUCGUGAUCAGGCGACACACGGCCUGCAAUGAAGUCCCCGCUGGCAGGUACAAACAAGGUACAACAUCAGAGUUAGGAAAAGGAAAACUAAGGAUAGGUCCUUACUCUGUACCCUUAGCAGUACUUUACCUGUUAACAAUGCUAUCAAGUCUCUUUAUGUUAUUUCCUUAUGAACACCUGUUAAAAAGCAAGGGAAAAAGGAGAAUCUACAGAAAAAAAGCAUACGUUUUUUCUGGAGAGCUUAAUAAAAAUAAAACGCUGCACAAGCAUUUUUGCAAUUAAAGAUCUAUAGACAUUACUUUUUAGUUUUGUCAAAAUGGGGGUGUGCAUCGUAAUAGUAACCACUUGCUUUCUCUCAUGAUAGGUUAGAGUAAUUGUUUGGUGUCUAUUGAUCUUUAAAUUUUGAAGUUUUGUUUUAAAAGUCAAGCCUCGGGUGAGAGUGUUGUCUUACCAGAAUUCUAAGCAGGUCCUGUUGGAUCAGAUCAGCUCAGUAAGGCUGGUAGUUGUUCUGGUGGGUUGUGACCUCUCGAGAGGCCUUCCCAUAGCUGCUCUGCUGGCCUAUGGGAAGGUCAAGGGUUAGAGAUCAGAAAGAUGAGUGUCACAGGCUAACUAAACAAAAACGUAGCAAAAGGUUUUUAUCAAGGGAGUUUAGUUGACAUGGCAGUCACGGUGCAUGGGAGUUUUUUUAAAGUUCACUUUUCUUUUUGGGGGUAAAUGGCAGCAGUAAUCACAUAUCAGUGGGAUGUAGUCUGCAGUGUUUGUCAACCCAGUUGUGUUAUUUUUGCUUGGACUUUCAAAUUCACUGUUAUUGUAUCAGUAUUGAGAUGCACAAUCAUGUGUCAAGACAUAUGUACCAAAAACUCUAAGCUCAGCUGUGUUUUAUAUUAUAUACCCAGGAAUUGAACUAAAAGUACUCUCAGAAGUGUGUGCAAUACAAAUGUAAUCUUAGAACUUUACAUGAGCUGAAUGAUCAUUAAUGUUGCAAGUGUUCCCCGUAAAAUAAAAGUGCAUUGCCUCGAUAUGGAGGACCCCUCAAACAUGCACCAGAGCAAAGAGACCCAAGGCAGGCAGCAUUACAGACAUCUGUUUUAUUUUUUUCCAGAGCUAUUGAUUACAUACAAGGAUAAUUUUUUCCGCCUGUUGUUGUCUUAGCUAGAAGUACAUGAGUUGUUGUUGGGGGCUGAAAGGCACUGCUUGUUUCGAUAGUUGGCAUCAAUAGUGUAGCUUACCAUUGUAGUCGUCGUAUCCCUGUCCAUAACCAUAACUAUUAUAGUUGUAGCCAGAGUAGUCAUAGCCCGCGUAGCCAUUGUAGCCCUGGUUGUAUCCAUUGCCGUAGCUACCAUAGUUCUGGCUGUAGUAGCCGUUGUAACCUUGGUUGUAGUUACUCUGACCUGCACAGAGACAAUGGAGAGGUUCAGUGUGACAAGCCUAUAUUGUAGUUUCAAAGGCAUUUGUAUGUCUUGAUUUUCUUUUCAAUAUACUGUAAUGCAUGCCCUUUUCAGUUGUCAGUACUGUCAUUGUUGCAUGUGUCAAAUGCCACACAAGAAAUUCCUUGUUGGAAGAAUAAAUAAUGAUACGGACAGAUGGGGGGGGAGAAAAAAGAUGUGCAUUCUUCAGUGUCAUAGGGUAGAUGUACCUCCUCGUCCCCGGCCCCUGUAUCCUCCACCUCCUCUCCCUCCUUCGUAGCCUCCCCGCUCUCCUCUGUGUUGUUGCUGCUGUCUAUACACUUCUUUGGGCUGGGCCACUUUGAUUUCACACUGCAGAGAAAUCAGCCCAUUAACCAAGACACUUGUGGAAAACAGUGAUGACACUUUCUUCAAGUACCUACAGUCACAUGUUAUUUGACUGCCAACAUUCUUCAAAAUGGCUGUCUAAACUAAGUUGGUUAAAUAGCAUAGAAAUAAUAGCUUUGCCUAUCAGCGCAAGAUGUGUAACAGCGUUCAAAUGGUCAUUGUGAAUAAGUGGAAUCCAGCUACCUUUCCACUCCCAACUUGGUGGUAUCUGCACUCCAACAGCUUUUGAACAGGAGUCUCCUCACAGUAGGUCACAAAGCAAAACCCACGUCGCUCGUUGGUUUUGGUGUCCAUGGGAAGCUCAAUGCUGUCAAUCUGGAAACAAGGUUUCUCUCAGUGGCUAAUGAAGACAGUAAUCAUAAUUCUGCAUACCUCAGUCUUUGUACCACGUGAAGGCGGUAAAUUAUACAAUAGCAUCAGCUCUAGCUCCAUUGCCACACUCGCUCAGUGGACUUACAGCUUCCAAAAAAGUGUGGGUUUACAAUAUCUAAAAACGUAGAAUAAAACAUAUGAAUACGUUGACAGUGCACUCAUUGUCACUCUUACAUCUCCAAAAGCGCCAAAGUAUUCUCUGAUUUCCUCCUCUGGGGUAUCUGGGCUGAGGCCUCCAACAAACACCUUCUUGGGCGGUUCCUUCCCCUUCAUGGCUUUGGCCCUCUUUGGAUCGAUCAGCUUCCCAUCCAGCUUGUGCUCCUUCAACUCCAACACCUGCAUACAGGAUAAUGUGUCAGUAAAACAGGGUGUGUGUGUGAUCAAGUGAUGUGAGUGGAUGCCAACUAUGUAUGUCUUGAAAUGAUUUUGUUCAGAAUUAAGAGAGCAAGACAAGAAGAGACAGCCUGUCCUGUUCUCUGCUCAUUGAGUCUGUUCUAGUGCUUACCCGGUCUACACUCUCUGAGUCUCUGAAGAGAACAAAGCCGAAGCCCCGGGACCGGCCCGUCAUCAGGUCUGUUUUGAUGGUGCAGUCCAGAACCUCUCCAAACUUCGACAGGUAAUCCGUGAGGUCUGUUUUGCUGGUGUCCCAACUGAGCCCUCCAAUGAACAUCUUGCUGUGAAUGGAGAACCAAGGAGACAAAUGCAGUCUAUCAGACAGUCAUAACUACGUCUUUGUUAUACAUCCCUAACAACCCGAGUCACUAGCUAUGACUUUGUUCUUAACUGACUUGCUUAGUUAAAUAAAUGCCUAAUUUACUUUAGGUCAAGCGGUUGUCACCAGCUAGCUGAUUAGGCCUAACGAUUCAAACUGUAUAGAACGGUUAGCUAUAAAGGCAACAGCUAGAUCAGUAAACUGUAUCUAACUAGAUACUACACACACACUUCUGAUUCUAGCUUGGGUGGCCACUAAGUGCAUGUACAGGACAUGUGUAGCUAUUUGUUGUUCUGUCAGUAUUCGAAAAACCAGCAGUAACGUUAACGUAGUGUAAGAGAAAAAAAGAGCGCCAAUAACCAACGACGUCAAUCUGAUGAUAAACUAGCUAACUACAAAUAACGCGGUGACUACAUGUCACAGCACAUAGCCAACCCCGUUUGCCCACUUAGCCACUUAGGGAACUUGGCCUGAAUGACAUGACGCCAGUUAGCUUUGCAUGCAUGAUCACAACAGGGUCUGGCUAAUAUUGGCUAGUAACCUAAUACACGUUAACGUGUUACCAGACCAAUAACACGCUACGUUUGAAUCAAAUAUAACGUAGGUGGUCUCCAGCUGGCAGAAAUAACAGUAGCUGGUUAGCUACACCUAUUAGCUAGCUACUCUUGCUGAAAGUAGCUAGCUAGGCUAACAUAGCUAGGCUAACGUCAAGCCGCUUUACCCGUCGUCCUGCUGGUUUUUGCUUGCAUUUAUCUUGGAGCCCUCUGGAAACUCGUCUGUACUGAAGUCAACCUGGCCUUCGGUCUCCAUUUUCGAAUGUCACCCGGUUGUUAAAUAGAAAUGUGUAUUUAACGUUAGGCCUGAUUGCAAAAUACUUUUGGGGACGAAUUCAGUCGCGAUUGCUAUGUAAAAUGGCUGACAUCAAGGGCGGACUGGGUUGCGGGGAGUGACGCAGAUGAUGUGGUUUGUUUGCGGCGGCUCAGUGGGGGAGGCGCUGUUGUCUUUGCUACAAGCACUUUUUUUACGGAAAUUACUGAUUGGUAAUGUUACCUUCUGAUCACAGAUGAUCAUCAUUACAAACGACUUCCUGGGUUUAAUACAAUUUUACCAAUGGCAAUUUAUUCUAAAAUCUCUGUUUUUACUUUCUUCAUUAUGGUUCGAAAAUUAAAAGCAACACGGUAAAUGACCUUUUUGUUGACUCAAAACGAAAUACUGCAUAUGAUUUCCAUUAUUAUCAACAAACACCAAAGAGACUGAACAGAGGUUUCAAACAUCUCUGCAAACACUUCUGUCAGAUACUGUAAUAUUUACCCAGGAGAAUAUGAUAUCUGCGCAAACGCAUGUGGCUCUGUCGCCAUCUAGGUUUACUUUUCAGACAGUGCCACGCGAAGCAUCGUUGCCUAUGGCGCCACCAAAGCCGCGGUCUGGGAAACUACUUCAAGGUCUCAAGGGACAUUUUAUUCCCAUACAUCAAAGAUCAUCUCGAGGAGUAUCUGUCGGCGCACUGGGAAGAAGAUGAAUGCAAACAAGACGUGCAUCUCCUUAAGAAACAGGUUGAGGAGGACCUGCGUCUGCACCGGGCUUGUGCGCAGCACUCCCUGGACCAGUCUGGGCACACGGACGAGGAGAAAGCCAUCAGGGAGGUGGUGGACAACGUGCUGUGGCAGAUGGCUUCGGACAGGAAGUCCACGGCUCUGAAACAGCUGCAGGGACACAUGUGGAGGGCGGCCUACGCUGCCGGGAGAAUCAAAGGCGAGGUGUACCAGGACGUGGUUCCAUCCAUCAGGAGGUGGAGACGGCAGGGCCUGAAGGUUUAUAUCUACUCCUCUGGCAGUGUGGAGGCUCAGAAACUACUGUUUGGAUACUCUGUAGAGGGAGACGUACUAGAUCUAUUUGAUGGCCACUUCGACACCAACAUAGGCACUAAAGUAGAAAGCAAAAGCUAUGUGAGGAUUGCAGAGAGAAUGGGCUGCCCACCUGAAGAAAUCAUGUUCCUGACAGAUGUCACACGAGAGGCCAAGGCAGCGGAGGAUGCUGGUGUGAACGUGGCUGUAGUGGUGCGGCCAGGGAACAUGGAGUUGACAGAGGAAGAAAGGUCUCACUAUAACCUCAUUACAACUUUCAGCCAACUGGAAGUGAAUGGCAGCGCUUAACACUGGAGAAGAGGGUAGGGGGAGGAGGUAGAAAUGCUGCCGUCUGGUUUUCCCCUUCACCUCCCCAAAGUGUAUGCUCAUUGACUCCCCCUUGGGGAUAUAAAAAAUGAUUGGUCUUCACAUGGGAGUUUUCACCAUAUCUUACACCUUUGCAUUGUUUUUAAAUCUGAGGGGGAGUAACGAAUGCACACUUCGGGGAGAAGGGUAGAGAAACAGAACACAACCAGAGAGUGGGAGAAUACACUCACUCACUGGCCCUGUUCUAUCAAGUUCCCGCUUCCCCUAGCACCUGCUGCCCUUAGGUCUAAUGAAAGGACUGGAACGGUAAGAGCCACGUGAUGGACGAUCCUCUGUUGUUGAACACAGGAACUGUCGGGUAUUCAGGCUACGCACAGGGUGGGUGGUGGGCAACAAGCACUAAGAGCCGUACCAGUCUGCAGACUGCACGUUUAAGGGACAUGACAGGGCUACUUUUUUCUUUUUUUAAACAUUUUAAAUAAAAACUAUUUAAUUUGA